CAUGGCUUUAUGUUACGUUAUCUGAAAAUUACAUUCCAGAAGUUUGUAAAUAAACAAAAAUUGUUUUUGAGCUUUUGAGUUGGCAGCUGGCAGAAAGUACACAUUUAAAAAUCGUGACAUACCAGCUGCUUGAUUUAUCUGCUGGAUACUCACUGAAGUUGAUGUACCUCUUCCCUCCUCAUUCUUUUGGAGUAGACAAUAAAUGGAAGCAGUGAUAAUUUGGGCUUGAGGGCAGGAUGUGGCUGUUGUUACUUAGUAAAAAUUCUCACACAAACAGGGGCUUAAUAAAUGCUUUUGAGAGUAAGUAGCAGGUUUUGUUUUCUCCAUAGAAUUAAGUUUCUAACUUUUAAGCAGGGCAUGGUGGCUCAUGCCUGUAAUCCCAGCACUUGGGAAGCUGAGGCAAGAGGAUCAUUUGAGCCCAAGAGUUUGAGGUUGCUGUGAGCUAAGAUGACAUGGCGCUCUAUUGAGGGCAACAAAGAGACUCUGUCUUAAUAAAAAAAAGAAAAAAGGAAUACCAGAGGAUUGUUAUAUGAAGAAGUAAAAGGGAAGAAUGCUUUAAAGAGAGAAGGGUUUAGCACUGUCAGAUAGUACAGAGAAGUCAAAUAUGACGAGUACUGAAGUGGUAGAAUAAGGACAUUUAUAGUGACCUUGGUAAGAGCAGUUUCAAUAGAGUGUUCAGGGUUGAGGCCAGAUUGUGGUAAACUGGGGGCAUUGGAUGUCAGGUAUAGAAGGUGAGGCUAGUCAAUGUGAAUAGCUCUUAAAAGAAGUUUGGCUAUGAAAAAGGAAAAAAAAAACUAAAGUUUAUGAAGCGUGGGUUUCUAGAGUUAUUCUUUAAAGACGGGAAAAAGCCGAUGAUUUAUUCCCUCUUAAGAUUCGUUUCAUAAAAAGGACACUUGCACUCAAAUGUUUAUAGCAGAGCAAUUCAUAAUUGCAAAGAUGUGGAAACAACCCAAGUGUCCACAAAAGCAUGAAUGGAUUAAUAAAAUGUGGUGUGUGUGUGUGUGUAUCAUGGGGUACUACUCAGCCUUUAAAAAAAGGGUGAUGCAAGGGUAAAGGUCAAAUCUAUCAUAUUGAACACAAAUGUCUUAACACUGAUAAAAUAAAUGAGGUGAAAGCUAUGUUAAGUAGUAGGAUGUAAGCACUCCAAUUUGUACAAAUAAUCAACAUAUUGAAUCCCACAAAGGCAUAAAUGUACUCAUGAUCUAUGUAUAUAUGACUUAAUAAUAAUAAUAAUAAUAAUAAAAUGGUGAUGUAGAAUCUUUUCUGAUGGUGGUGUUCUUCUAAGUGAAACAUCACAAGAAUGAAGGAACAGGUGUUGCUCUGAAAGGCUGAAGUAGAGAUUGGACGUACCUUCCAGGGGUUUUCAAAUGCAUGGAGAUUGUAAAAGAAUCUCUCAUGUUUUUAAAAUCUCAUCCAUCAGAGCACUUGAGGCUGGAGGUUGUGGUGUUUGCAGGUUGGAAGUUUGAGUUUGGAGCUUCAGCCAGGAUGAUUGAGGUUGUUUGCAACGACCGUCUGGGGAAGAAGGUCCAUGUUAAAUGCAACACCAGUGACACCACUGGGGACCUUAAGAAGCUGAUUGCAGCCCAAACUGGCACCUGUUGGAACAAGAUUGUACUUAAGAAGGGGUACACGAUUUUUAAGGACCACAUGUCUCUAGAGUAUUAUGAAAUCCAUGAUGGUAUGAACUUGGAGCUUUAUUACCAAUAGAGCAGACUUCCUUUCUCCUGCUCUACCAUUCUUUCCUCCCACACUGGUAUGAAGGCUUGUUUUUAAAAACUCACAUUAUAAAGGAGUCGCCAAGGGCCAGGAGGGAAUAUGCCCAAGUUUUGUUGUGACAACUGCGAUAACACAUCUCACCCGUGACACUCCAUUUGUGAGAAAGACACGCUGCAGUGGGAGAAAACACAAAGAGACUGUGAGGGAACUAUCAGAAAUGGAUGGAGGAGCAGGCCCAGAGCCUGCCUGACAAAACAAUAGCUGCGUUUCAACAAGGAAAAGUACCUCCUACUCCACUCUCUGCUCCUUCUCCUGCAGGGGCAAUGAUUCCACCUCCCCCUAAUCUUCUGGGUCCUCCUCAUCCUGGCGUGCGUGAUGCCAGCACCCCAUGUAUGGGGCCCUCCCAUCAUUUUGGUGAUGGGUCUUCCUCCUCCUGGGAUGAU